UCAGAGCCCCGGUGCGUCUCGAUGCCAUUCGCUUCCCCGAGGACCCCGGGAUUCCAGCGGUGAGUGGACCGAAGGAUGGCCAUCCAUGUGGAGGGGCUGGUGGCGAUCAUCAUCUUCUACCUGCUGAUCCUGGUCGUGGGAAUAUGGGCCGCCUGGAAGAACAAGAACUCGGGAGUGUCGGAGGGCGCGGACCGGAGCGAGACCAUCAUGGUCGGAGGGAGAGACAUCGGCUUGUUCGUCGGCGGAUUUACUAUGACAGCGACCUGGGUUGGAGGGGGCUACAUCAACGGCACAGCUGAGUAUGUGUAUCUGCCCGAUUUCGGCUUGGCUUGGGCACAAGCUCCCUUUGGUUACGCGCUAAGUCUUGUCGUGGGUGGCCUGUUCUUUGCGAAACCGAUGCGCUCCCGUGGUUACGUCACCAUGCUCGACCCCUUCCAGCAGAUCUACGGGAAGAGGAUGGGCGGGCUCCUCUUCAUCCCCGCUCUCAUGGGCGAGAUAUUCUGGUCCGCCGCCAUCUUAUCAGCGCUUGGCGCUACCCUGAGUGUGAUCGUGGACAUGAAUAUCAACAUGUCAGUGGUGGUCUCGGCCCUCAUCGCCAUCUUCUACACGCUGGUGGGAGGCCUCUACUCUGUGGCCUACACUGACGUGGUGCAGCUCUUCUGCAUCUUUGUGGGCCUAUGGAUCAGUGUGCCCUCGGCACUGGCCAACCCUGCGGUGUCGGACAUCGGCGUGACGGCGCUGAAGCAUGUCCACCAGGCGGCCUGGCUGGGGAGUGUGGACAGGGCAGACAUGUGGAAGUGGGCCGACAACCUACUCCUACUGAUGCUGGGCGGUAUUCCGUGGCAGGUGUAUUUCCAGCGUGUAUUGUCGGCCUCUUCGGCGACCUACGCUCAGGUGCUCUCCUUCCUGGCCGCCUUCGGCUGCCUGGUCAUGGCUGUGCCCUCCGUCCUCAUCGGAGCCAUUGGGGCCUCAACAGACUGGAACCAGACGUCGUAUGGCGCUAUUCCCCCGAAGGACAAGAACCAGUCGGACAUGAUCCUGCCCAUCGUGCUGCAGCACCUGUGCCCACCCUACGUGUCCUUCUUCGGGCUGGGCGCCGUGUCCGCCGCCGUCAUGUCCUCCGCAGACUCCUCCAUCCUCUCCGCCAGCUCCAUGUUUGCCAGAAACAUCUAUCAGCUCGCCUUCCGUCAGUCAGCGUCCGACCGCGAGAUCGUGUGGGUGAUGCGCAUCACCAUCUUCGUGUUCGGCGCGAUGGCGACGGCCAUGGCUCUGCUGACCGGCACGGUGUACGGCCUGUGGUACCUGAGCUCCGACCUGGUCUACGUCAUCAUCUUCCCGCAGCUGCUGAGCGUGCUGUUCGUGCGCGGCACCAACACCUACGGCUCGGUGGCCGGCUACGUCUUCGGCCUGCUGCUGCGCAUCGGCGGCGGGGAGCCCUACCUCAAGCUGCCCGCCUUCAUCCACUACCCCGGGUCCUACGUGAGCGAGGGCGUCGUGGUCCAGAAGUUCCCCUUCAAGACCGUCUCCAUGCUGGCCUCGCUGCUGGGGAACGUGGCCUUCUCCCACCUGGCCAAGUACCUGUUCGAGAGCGGCAAGCUGUCCGCCAAGUACGACGUGCUGGACGCCGUCAUGUCCAAGCACAGCGAGGAGAUCAUGGACAAGACCACGCUGGUCAACCGCAACGUCAUCGGCCUGUCCGAGAUGGCGCCGGUCAAGCCUCGUCUGAGCGUGACGCUGGCCGCCACCUUCACCCGCAAGGACACGCUGAACGAGGAGGACGACGAGUCCAGCCCCGACUCGCCCCACAGCCUCAAGGACGAGUGACCACACACACACACGCACACACAC